AAAAGAAUUCACAACUACACAAGCAUAUGAUCUCCGCAUUUCUCCUUCAACAACCAUCAUCUCAACUCAAUGCAUUCUUUCAAGUCUCUCUCUGAUAGAAAGAUCCAUACCCUGUUCCCAAUAGUUCUGUCUUCCAUUAUAAUUCUAGGGAGUGUGAGAUUAAUCUUGGACAGCUUCAAGAGCAACCAGAGCAAUAUUUUGAAGGUCUAUGGGAAGCCUAAUGGGGAGAAUAACAAUGGAGUACACGUCGUUGUUUCGCCCGAGGAUCGGCUCAAGGAAGGAUGCAAUGUGUUUGAAGGGAAAUGGGUGUGGGACAAUGAGUCAUAUCCUCUUUAUCAAGAACAGAGCUGUCCUUACUUGGUGAAGCAGACCACUUGCCUCAAGAAUGGGAGGCCUGAUUCUUUCUAUCAGAAUUGGAGAUGGCAGCCCCAUGGAUGCAAUCUCCCAAGAUUUGAUCCGUUGAAGCUGUUGGACAUGCUGAGGGGAAAGAGAAUGAUGUUCAUAGGAGACUCGCUACAAAGGGGCCAGUUUGAAUCAAUGGUAUGUUUGGUACAAUCUGUAAUUCCUGAAGGCAAGAAAUCUCUCCACAGAAUUCCACCCAUGAAGAUCUUCAAAAUUGAGGAGUACGAUGCAUCGAUAGAAUACUACUGGGCCCCGUUCAUAGUGGAGUCGAUUUCAGAUCAUGCAACAAAUCACACUGUUCAUAAGCGGAUGGUGAGGCUGGACUCCAUAGCAAAACAUGGCAAGCAUUGGCAAGGCGUUGAUAUUCUGGUGUUUGAGAGUUACAUUUGGUGGAUGCACAAGCCUUUGGUCAAUGCAACGUAUGGGUUGCCAGACGAUGUGAAAGAAUACAAUGUGACCACAGCAUAUAGAUUGGCAUUGAAGACUUGGGCAGAUUGGCUUGAGUCAAACAUUAAUCCCCUCACACAGAAGCUCUUCUUCAUGACCAUGUCUCCUACUCAUCUCUGGAGCUGGGAAUGGCAGCCAGGAAGUGAUGAGAACUGCUUCAACGAGUCAUAUCCAAUACAAGACCCUUCAUAUUGGGGCACCGGAUCAAACCUGGAGAUUAUGGAGCUGCUAAAGCAGGCAAUAGCAGAACUAAAAAUAGAUGUGACCCUUUUGAACAUUACUCAGUUAUCAGAGUACAGAAAAGAUGCCCACACUACUAUUUAUGGAGAACGAAAGGGCAAGCUCCUCACAAAAGAACAAAGAGCUGACCCUAAAUCGUUUGCUGAUUGCAUCCACUGGUGCCUCCCUGGUGUCCCUGAUAUAUGGAAUCAAAUCCUAUAUGCCCAUCUCUUGACGACAUUUCAGAAUCUUACCUAAGUAUGAGCCACUUUAAUCAUUUUGAUUCAUCCAACUGAUUGUUUCAAUCAAUAGAAAAUUUUUGGAGCUUUUUCCUUUUUCUUUGUUCUAAUAACAAAAAUUUCAGGAGGCUAGACCUUGGGCUUACUAGUAUCAAGGCAUGCCUUAUGAUUCAAAAGCACUUGAAGAACUUCAAAUUUCUAACAAGAUUACAUUGAUAAUU